AUGCUUCUUGCUGGGCGGCUGGCGAACCGGAUGACCUUCUCGAACCCGCUGUUUUACUUGAAAAGAAAAGGAAACCCUCGUUUGGCGCCGCCGAAGAGUCUUCUGUUCAAACAAGGUUCAGGGCUAAAGACGGACGGAGAACGGGAUAUGGGCGUCGCGUCAAGAGCUAGGAAGAGGUGGUCGAGACCUAUCAAGAUUAAGGACGGGACAGGGCAAACCUGCCUCGAGCAUUGCCCAUGGGUCAUGACUAUGCCUUUAAACGAUGCAUUCCUUGAUGGCCUCAUGCUGGGAUCCCUUGCACCUGCACAUACAAGUUAUCGCCAAAAGGAACGAUGA